AAAUUCAGAAUCAAAUUAAGUUCAAGGGUCACAUUUGCAAUAAUGAUGAAAAAUGGACAAUAUCAAAAUCCAUUAUGACCACGUCUACUUCGGGUUUCAAUGAAAGGCAGUAUGUUUUAGGGCAGUGUAUGAUGUAUGACCAGUUCCACCUGGAAAGUCCAGAGCGGAGUAAUUGGUUUAAUUCCAUGUUUAGGCAGAAGAAUGGAUGUUGUGUUCAGUCGUGGAACAGAGCUGAUGGUUGGUCUAAGUUCAAUAAAACAGUUACAACAUAGAAUAUUACAGCGCAGUACUAGGUGGCCAUCCAUUCCUGACUGGUUAUGUUGCUGUGAAGCAGCCUGUUAUAUCUUACAAGCAACUUCAAGGUACACGUCUUGUUGGUUCUGUUGAGAUGCCAUAUAUCAUGAACUGGCCAAAACUCUAACCUUCCUUUGUCUGUGAUGUUUGUGCUUCCACCUCAUCAUCUCAAUGCCCAGUAGAAAGAUGUUUCAGUUGUACAUCCAAUCAAGACUUUUCAUAAUUUGAUUCACACUUUUAGUCUCUCCUUAUCGAUCAGAAGUGGGCAUCCGUUUGGCAUGCGGCUAAAGCAAUGGAAAUCCCUUCAGCGCGUCACCUUCCCGUGCUCUGACUCAAUAAUAUACUGUAACCAAAGUGUUGGUCCAACCUAUUUCAUGACAGAUCGUUGCAGAGUAAAUCCCCAGACAUCAAGCCAGGCAUUUGCCGAGGUACAAAGAAACAGCAAGUGCAUUUGUAAUUUCUGAAGGAGAGAUUGCGGUGGAGCUUCAGCAGCUUUGCACUUUCGGCGCUUGGUACAUUUGGAAGGUGCGCUGCAAUGAUGUGGGCGGAUGUGAGUUGCAGACGGGCUGGGCUCCGGCGUGCAGUGUCUCUGCAGCCACAGGCGGAGCGAGUUACUGCCAGAGGCCGAGCAUGGAGCGGGACAAGCGGCUGGCCAGCACCAGCCUCGGCCAGGGGGGCAAAGGGCAGCGCUUCAGCCUGCAGCUGGUGGGCUCGCUGCCCGUUCACCAGCUCACCACCAUGCCCAUGCUGCCCUGGGUGGUGGCGGAGGUGAGGAGGCGGAGUGCCCGGGGGGCAGGGAGCCGGAGGGUCCGCUUGCAGGUCAGUCAGGGCUGGCUGCGGUGUGUGGCGGCGAGCGGGGGCAGCCCGGUGUUCCAGCAGCGAGCCCAGCACAUCCACAAGCUGCUGCACAACAGCAGCGAACCCAACUACUUCGCCUAUGUGACCAGGAGCCAGGCUGGCCCAGAGCCGCAGCACAGUCUCUGCUUCGUAUUCCGAGCUUCUGAUCACACUCUGGUUCCUGAGAUCAUUAAUACUAUCCGUCAGGCUGGCAAGAUCGUACGGCAGGAAGAGACACAGAUCCGUGCACACGACGACGAUUCUUUUGCUCAGAAAUAUGAGGUUCUGUUUGUCGGGAAGGUGACGGUGGCACACAAGAAAGCUCCUCCAGCUCUAAUCGAUGAAUGUAUCGAGAAGUUCAAUCACGUUAGGAAACACAACACCGAGGGCAGUAAGGAAGGAGUGGAGCAGAAGCGGACUGAAAGACCACGAGCAGAGAAUUCACGCUUCUUUCCUUCCAGACUUCCAACACCCUUAGUGCAAAAGAGGAACAAAUCUGCUCCUAAACUGACCAUUCAAGAUGAACUUUCAGUCACACAGUCCCAGAGUUGUUUAGAGAAAAGUGGCUCACUUGACUUGAGCAGCAGUUCAAACUGCGAUGGAGCACAAUGUGGUGGCUUACUCGAAGCCCGGAAGCGUGCUGUCAGUGCACCGAAUAUUGUGCAACCAACUAACAUGAAGGCAAAUAGGACCAUGCUGUUCACGAUUGGCCAAUCAGAGGUAUACCUCAUAAGUCCUGACACGAAGAAGGUGACGAUUGAGAAAAAUUUCAAAGAAAUCUCCUUCUGCUCUCAGGGAAUUAAGUAUGUGGAUCACUUUGGAUUCAUCUGCAGGGAGAGUCCAGACUCUGGAAGCUGCCAUUUUGUCUGCUAUGUGUUUCAAUGUACAAAUGAGGCCUUGGUCGAUGAAAUUAUGUUGACAUUGAAGCAAGCAUUCACUGCAGCUGCUGUCCAUCAAAACAUGAAGAUCCAAGCUCAGCUGUGUGAGGGAUGUCCAAUGACAUGUCUUCACAGAUUGUGUGAAAAGAUAGAGGGCCUACCCCCCUCAAAAGCCAAGGUGGAAAUUCAGAAACAUUUAUCAACGUUUAACAACAAAGACCAAGGAUCCAUCUUCGAGGGGGUUCAGAAAAUGAAGCCAAAAAGUGAAUUGGAAGAAAAUGAGCUGGUUCUGUCAAUGCUGCGACAGCUUUAUGAAGGGAAACAGAAGCUGCACAUCCACAAUGGAGAUGCUAAGCAGACCUCACAAAGCUGCUCGCAGCCUUCAAAUAUGAAUGGCCAGCAGUCUCUCUCUGGCCGCUUCAGACUAGACCACCUCAAGACCAAGGCUAAAAAAUCAUUGGCUGAAUCUCUGGAGAAUAUUUUAUCAAUGGGAGGGUCUAGACACAAGAGCCAAACAAUCACUGAAAGUACAGUGUCAGAAAAAACAGCAUUAAGCCUUUCAAGCUCUAACCUGUCCAAGAGUACUUAUUUGGAUGAAAGUGAUGACCAGGCAUGUCCCAUUAGUCCUGUGAAGUCUCAUGGUUCCACGGGAGAUUUGUUGCAAGACCUAGAUAACAGCACUGAAUCAGCUGAGCCAGUAUUUAGACGGCGGGCCCAUACCUUCAGUUACAUGCCUUCCAGUGUUGAACAGCCGAAACAGAUGCUGGAUGAGACCCCGAUCUUUCCCAAGCCGAAACUGAUGAGAUAUCACUCAGUGAGCACAGACACACCACACAAACAAAACCCGAACAUAUCAAGUGGUAAUGCUCACGGCAAAUCACCACAGUCCAGGUUGCACAGGUCUGUAGAUCACCUGCGGUCUUCUAUUUCCACUCCAAAUUUUUUUAAGUAUUUGAAGACUAGCUCCGGUGGAAGGGAUGGUGGGCUGAUAUUGAAAAGAAGUGCUUCUCAUCUUAGCGGCCUACGAGCAAGGCUUCCAUCUUCAACUUCUGCUCCAAACUUUCUAAAAUUUCUGGUUCCUGUAGCUCUCAACCACAGCACCAAAAGUGACUAUGAAUCCAGUCCGAGCCCAUGCAGAGGGAGUAAUGGUCAUGGGAAUCUGAUGCGCAGCCGUCGGCAAUCCUGGCGACAGCAGAUUUUCCUUCGUGUAGCUUCACCACAGAAAGGAUGUGAAUCCCCAUGCCGACAUGAAGACCAUUCAGAUGCUGGAGAGGCUACCGCAAGGACAUCUUUGGCAGCAACUUGUAAUGAUAGUUACCUAGGGGCGGUUGCAGAGGAAAGGAAACGCACGUCAAGGGAACUGCGAGAUUUAUGGAGAAAGGCCAUUCUUCAACAGAUACUGCUUCUGAGAAUGGAAAAAGAAAACCAGAAACUACAAGCAUCAGAAAGUGACCUGCAGAACAAGCGCCUGAAGCUGGAUUAUGAGGAAAUCACUUUAUGUCUGAAAGAAGUGACUCUGGUUUGGGAGAAGAUGCUCAAUGUGCCUACAAGGUCAACAGUUAAAUUUGACAUGGAGACUAUUCAUGUAGCUAUGGGUCAAGGUGUACCCCGCCAACACCGUGGUGAAAUAUGGAAACUUCUAGCUGAACAACACCAGCUGAGAUAUCGUUUACCCAUAAAACAACAACCAAAGGAUACUCCAUACGAAGAACUGUUAAAGCAGUUAACAUCUCACCAGCAUGCAAUACUUAUUGAUCUUGGUCGUACGUUUCCAACACACCCUUAUUUUGCUACUCCAUUGGGUGCUGGCCAACUCUCUUUAUAUAAUCUCUUGAAAGCCUACUCUCUGCUGGAUCAGGAAGUGGGCUAUUGCCAGGGCCUUAGUUUUGUAGCAGGAAUCUUGCUACUACACAUGAGUGAAGAAGAUGCUUUUCAUAUGCUGAAGUUUCUCAUGUAUGAUAUGGGCUUGAGGAAGCAAUAUCGACCAGACAUGAUUAUUCUACAGAUACAGAUGUACCAACUUUCGCGACUCCUCCAUGACUAUCACCGCGAUCUCUACUGUCACUUUGAGGAGAAUGAAAUUAGUCCCAGUCUUUAUGCUGCCCCGUGGUUUCUCACCGUGUUUGCCUCUCAGUUUCCUUUGGGUUUUGUGGCCAGAGUCUUUGAUAUGAUUUUCCUUCAAGGGUCAGAGGUCAUCUUUAAGGUAGCCCUAAGUUUACUGGGAAGCCACAAGCCACUAAUUCUACAACAUGAAAGUCUGGAAUCAAUAGUUGACUUUAUAAAGUGCACUCUUCCCAACCUUGGACUAGUGCAGAUGGAAAAAACAAUUAAUCAGGUGUUUGAGAUGGACCUUUCCAAACAGCUGCAAGCCUAUGAGGUUGAAUACCAUGUUCUUCAAGAUGAGCUAAUAGAUUCUUCAGCUGCCAUGAGUGACAACGAACGAUUAGAAAAAUUGGAAAAAAAUAACAACUGCUUACGCAAGCAAAACAGUGAUCUACUGGAAGAACUUGAGGUCGCUCAUAGCAAAAUUGAGAGCCUGGAAGCCACAGUGAAGACCUUGCUGUCCAAUGAAGGAAGGUUGAAGCAAGUCAUUUGUACCUUAGAGCUGGAAAGAGCGGCGCUUCUGGCUGCAGUUGAAGAAUUUCAAAAGCAGGUUCCCAGCACUGAACCCGCUGAUAACAGAACACUGUCUGAAGCACAAGAACAUGAUUGAUUGUAAAAUCUGAUGCACUUUACAGAAGAGAAAACAGAUUUUUUUUAAAUGAAUUCGGUAAGCCAGUGGGAUUUUCUGAUUCCUUCACAACAAGAAAGAUCCAUAUUUGGAUCUAUUCAAAGGCACAACAGUGUCCAGCAACACAGUGACAAUAUGAAUCACUGGAUCAUCCCCUACUGUUAAAGACCGAUCAAGAGAGAUUCCUUUCUCCGAGAAUUGUGUGAUACCUAAUGGUUGCACCCUUUUUUUCCCACAAUGUAACCAAUAGAUUUGGAUACAGUGUUUGCAGUGUUCACCAUAGUAUCUUGUAUACAGAUACAAUUUAGAGUGACUCCUAUACUUGUAGUAAAUUGUUAAUGUUGAAAGGUUUUGACCUGGAGCUUUACUUCCUGGCUGGUUGCUCCAUUUCAGGUGGUUUAAAAAAAACUAUUCUAAACUUCCUUUGGCCAUUAAUUGGGCAUUUUGCUUUACUUUCCAUAAUUCACUUAAUAUAAGUAGAGUUUUUGUUUGUGGACAAAGCAGGAUUUCAUUUUUACAAUUCUUACAAAAGCAUUUUUACACUUUGGUUAUCUCUUUAGAUUGAUUCCAUCUGAUAUAAACCAUUUGGGAAAUAACAAAACCUGUUACAGCUCAGUUAAUCUUGAACAGUCCAAUCACUGAGCAGUGACAAAAGAAAACUGAGAAGCAAGGAGAGAUCAGACUUCCAUUCUUUGACAAAUAUUGCUUUGUGAAAAUAUUAGGAGGAGGAUAGAAGAGGGAGAGACAGAGUCUUUGAAUCAGUGGUAUUAGGGUAUUAUGUGGACCUGUUUCUGGGGCCAUUAACAUAUUAAUGUAUAUUAAUGUCCCCAACAGUUCGAUUUCAGUAUUAUUUUUUCAAUAAACUUUGCAAUUUAUUAAUUUUCUCUACUGCUCUGCUACCCCAUGAGUCUGGGGUCAAUGAGCAUCUGUGCUUUGACAGUUGUAUCUUCCAUGUUACAGCUGCUGACUUUAUUUUAAAUCUAUGUAUCACACAGGCAAGAGUUGCACCAUGUAUUUUUUUAAAGAAUCCAGUCAAAAAGAAUUGUUAGGAUCACGUUGCUUUGGUUUCUCAUCUCUCUCACUCACACUCUCUCUCUCGCUCGCUCGCAUUCUCUGUCUUGCUUGCUCCCUUGCACUCUGUCUCUCCCUCACUCCAACUCUCACUCUCUCGUCAUUCCCAAAUUGAAGUGGUGACGUUGAACAGAAAAACAAAGGAAGAAUAAAUUACAUGAAUCAUUCAAACAAAAACAGCUGGUGGCAUUUAUGUUGUUCCACUCAUACCUUUGAGCACCUCUGCACUCAACAAUUACAAAUCACUCUGGUUCCAGAUGUAGUGGUGAAGCGUUGAAUUAGACAGACAUUAGCUGAUUUUUAUAUUUAAGUUUAAAAAUAAAUAUUUCAUUUUGUGAACAAAAUUAAUACUGGAUUUAAAAUAUAAAUUCAAAUCGUCUCCAGGAAGUUAUAAAUGACAAUACAAAUAGAAGUAUACAGGCAAAUAGAAAUUGCGAUCCAAAUUAACUGGCAUUUUUAUAAUACUUGCAUACCACAGUUGAUAAUAUUUUAUACUAUGGAUGGUGGUUUCUAGACCAUCUUUUGUCAUUGUCAGUAUGUUACCAUUACAUGAAUAGAAAGUGCUCAAGAAAGGGGCAAAAUGUUAACCAUGAUUGUGUAACAAUUAUAGUUAUUGAUGACUAUCAUCGUGCUGCUGACAAGGCUUGCAUUAGUGUUUACAUUUGGUGAAAUUCUAGUAUCGAAAGCAAAACACCAAAGGUGACAAUAUUUUUUUCAAAUGAGUUUUCCAUUAUGCGGGCAUUUCAUUCAACAGUGCAGUGCAUCGGUAUAUUGAUGAAAUUGAUUGUGCUUGACAAUUGAUUGAGUAUUGAAUGUGAACCUCUGACAACCAGUGAAUAUGAAGAGAAUGAAAAAGCUGAAGGUUUACUCAAUAGACUUGGAAAUCCAAUUAAACACAAGCUGACUUCUAUUUUAAAAAUUGAAAAUCAGCAUUUCAAUACAUUACUGUUUUUAUUCUCUGUUUAAGCCAAAUUACUUGAGUUUAGAAACAAUUAAAGCAAUAUUUGGUAGGGAAAUUUGCAUUAAACAGAAUUGGUCUCUAACAUGUUCAAUAGAUUGAUUCCUGUUCUGCUUUCAUUCUCUUUCAUCCUUCACUAAGGCACUCCAGAGUUAAAUGCUGAAAGGACAAGUGACUUUUCUUUGUCUAUUGAUCAUUUGGAUUAUUCACAAACUAAAUAGAAGAAUGAUGUCAAAAUAAACCAACUAAUUAGAUAAAUUGAACUGGUACAAAUGCCAGCUGCAUAGAUUUUUCAAUGAAGACUAUAUUCGAGGAGACACAUGACAUCAUAAUUGGACUGAUAGCCCAAAGGCAAUAAAAGUUCUUGCUAUCCUUACCUGAAGGAACUCCUUAAAAGCAAAGGCAGUGUAGGUAUUGAACAUCAUUCCAAUGUUGAGAUUCCAAUGUAUUUGAACACCAGCAUAAUUCUUUGUGUUUUACAUGUUCAUGUGCCUUCUUUGUAUGAUUCUGAUUCCUCAGUUGUAAAAUUGCAUAAUAUGAGUGAGAGGAGCUCAAUGGCACUCGGAAAUGGUGUGCAUUAAACAGAUUGCCAUAAAGCUGUGAUUUUUUUUUUGUUACCCAUUCAAUGGGUUUCUUUGCUGAAACACAACAGUUUGCAGUGGGUCUCAGUCAGAUUUCUUUAUAACUAGCCAUGUGCCAUAAAUUAGUCAAAGACUGCCACUGUUUAGUGUCUAUAAGCAAAUAAACCACCAGCAUUAGUGUGAGUUUAAAAUGUAACUUAACAAUACCUGCUGGUCUACGAAUAAAGUUAGAUUUGGAUCUGGUUUAUAUUGAUUGAUAACAGGUCAAAUAAUGCUACUGUGAAACUCAAGAUGGCUGGUAUUUGCAUUUCUGUUGGGUCUGCAGUGUUGUGUUUAACUUUAGUGUAAUUCACUGUUGAGAAUAGUCAUACAUUUCUAUACUGUUACAGAUCCAGUAAGAGAACUUGACACGUUUAGAAUGUUUACACUGCCGUCUCAAAUUUGACAACAUUUGCUCAUUUUUCUUUGUAAUAUGCUAUGUGGGCUUCAGUAUUUUUAAAAGUGGAAUAUUGCUGCUGAUUUUUUAGUAGUAAUUAUAAAUGUUGCAUCUGUGAUAUAUGGCAAAGAUGUCCCUGUGCCUAACUUCAGAAAUUCUAUGGGGUAGGGAAAGAGGGGAAGAGAUGGAUGCACCAAAGGAAUUGGGCAUGUGCAGAAUUAUAAUAAAACACCAUCCCUGUUUUUAGGUUUGAAUUUUUAAUUAAUAAACUGUUUUGAAUCACUAA